AUGCAUAUUAGUAGAAAAGGUACAUGUGUACUGGGAUGCGGAGAAAAUAUUUACCGCCAGAAGAAUUUCAAGUCUUUAGAGAGCAAUUACAGGGCCGGGCAUACCAGACACCGAGUACAACAAGCAAGAACGCUUUUCAUCGACAACACUUGGAAACGAUUCAGACACUGUAUUACCAAGGUGUUUUGCAAGCACAAAGAAGAAAAAGAUCAUGUCCCUUAUGCUAGCUUGACUCGUUUAGACAGGUUGUCUAUCGGCGAGGACGAACUCAAACGCGCCCAGAAAAAAGUGCGUUUUUGUUCGAGGCGAAAAUGCUCAAUUGAUAACGAACUGAGUGUCGAAUGUGAGGAUGAACUCGACCGCCAUUUUGAUACAGUUUUACGGGAAAGAGCCUCAAGAAGUCGUAGCUAUACGACAAGACGAAUGGCGAUUUGUAGAGAGCUUGAGAGAAACACAGAAGGAAACAACGGUGUUUCUCUUUUUGAACUCCGAAAGACGCUGAUCAUAAAUAACAGAUUCAAAGAGAUGGGAAUGUGA